CCGAUCAUUGUUUGAAUGGAAGCUGGCAAACAUUGGAGCGUAUAAAUAUGCGGACAAAUUGCGACGAUUAAUCAUUCGACCCAUAGAUUCCAUCGUCAAAGCAAUUAGCUUGGAGAUCUAUAGCAAGAUGAAACUUUUCUUAGCAUGCAUCUUUAUUGCCGCCGCGACGGCUGCAGUGAUUCCUGUCGAACAAGCCAGGCACCGUCGUGACGUCUCCGAGGUCGUGAACGAGUACAUCCCGCCGGCGGAGGAAGUUGGAGCCGAGCUGGCCCAAGACCCCGCCGCCCUGGGAGAUGAUGGAUACCGCUACAAGACCGUGCGCCGCUUGAAGCUCCGGCAACGACGUGAUGUUUCCGAAAUCGCCAACGAAUACCUGCCACCCACUGAGGAGGUUGUUGCUGAUGCCCCAGUUGAGGAGGUUCCAGUUGAGGAAGCUAGCCAGGACUCCGCCGUCCUUGCCGCCGAUGGAUACCAGUACAAGACUGUCCGUCGCCUGAAGUACCGCCAGCGUCGUGAUGUGUCCGAGAUCGCCAACGAAUAUUUGCCACCCACUGAGGAGGUUGUUGCUGAUGCCCCAGUUGAGGAAGCUCCUGUUGAGGAAGCCAGCCAGGACUCCGCUGUCCUUGCCGCCGAUGGAUACCAGUACAAGACUGUCCGUCGCCUGAAGUACCGCCAGCGCCGUGAUGUGUCCGAGAUCGCCAACGAAUACCUGCCACCAACUGAGGAGGUUGUUGCUGAUGCCCCAGUUGAGGAGGUUCCAGUUGAGGAAGCUAGCCAGGACUCCGCUGUCCUUGCCGCCGAUGGAUACAAGUACAAGACUGUCCGUCGCCUGAAGUACCGCCAGCGUCGUGAUGUUUCUGAGAUCGCCAACGAAUACUUGCCACCCACUGAGGAGGUUGUCGCUGAUGCCCCAGUUGAGGAGGUUCCAGUUGAGGAAGCUAGCCAGGACUCCGCUGUCCUUGCCGCCGAUGGAUACCAGUACAAGACUGUCCGUCGCCUGAAGUACCGCCAGCGCCGUGAUGUUUCUGAGAUCGCCAACGAAUACCUGCCACCCACUGAGGAUGCCGCCACCGAAGCCCCCAUUGAGGAAGCUCCUGUUGAGGAAGCCAGCCAGGACUCCGCCGUCCUUGCCGCCGAUGGAUACCAGUACAAGACUGUCCGUCGCCUGAAGUACCGCCAGCGCCGUGAUGUGUCCGAAAUCGCCAACGAAUACCUGCCACCCACUGAGGAGGUUGUCGCUGAUGCCCCAGUUGAGGAGGUUCCAGUUGAGGAAGCUAGCCAGGACUCCGCUGUCCUUGCCGCCGAUGGAUACCAGUACAAGACUGUCCGUCGCCUGAAGUACCGCCAGCGCCGUGAUGUUUCUGAGAUCGCCAACGAAUACCUGCCACCCACUGAGGAUGCCGCCACCGAAGCCCCCAUUGAGGAAGCUCCUGUUGAGGAAGCCAGCCAGGACUCCGCCGUCCUUGCCGCCGAUGGAUACCAGUACAAGACUGUCCGUCGCCUGAAGUACCGCCAGCGUCGUGAUGUGUCCGAGAUCGCCAACGAAUACCUGCCACCCACUGAGGAGGUUGUUGCUGAUGCCCCAGUUGAGGAGGUUCCUGUUGAGGAAGCCAGCCAGGACUCCGCUGUCCUUGCCGCCGAUGGUUACCAGUACAAGACCGUGCGUCGUCUCAAGUAUCGCCAGCGUCGGGAUGUUUCCGAGAUCGCCAACGAAUACUUGCCCCCUUCCGAGGAAGUUGUCACCGAGGCUCCUUUGGAGGAGGCUCCAGUUGAGGAAGCUUCUCAGGAUUCUGCUGUUUUGGCUGCCGAUGGUUACCAGUACAAGACCGUGCGACGCCUGAAGUACCGCCAACGCCGCGAUGUCUCCGAGAUUGCCAGUGACUACCUGCCCCCCGCUGAGGAGACGGUGGUGGCUGAUGCGCCCGUCGAGGAAGUGUCCCAGGACUCCGCCAUCCUUGGCGACGAGGGCUACCGGUACAAGACCGUGCGCCGCCUGAAGCUGCGUCACCGCCGUGCCCUGUAAGUCCGGAUGACUGCUAAUACACCUGUACCUGAACUGCUCGUUCGCGACUUGAUUCUCUCACACCCACCAACCACUACUAGGCCGUAAGUUUUGCUAUUAUUUAACGAUUGAAAUCAACGAAUAAAUCCAACGAAAAUUGUUAUACCAUAA